AUGCCUAAGCCUGUUAUCCUCUACGAUCUGGAUACGCUCCUACACCACUCGGUUGAAGUUAUUGCUCAUAAGGUCAUUGAUGCACAUGAAUCUCCGGAUCGCAUACAUCGUAUCCUCGGUGCACUCACUUCUGACAAUAGCUGCGAGCUUGUCGAAAUGUCAACUGAGGGGAAUCAGGCCCAAAUCAUAGACUACAUCUCUCGAAUACACUCUAACGACUAUAUUCGCCAUAUCCAGACAAUCUUUGAACGCUUUCUCGCAAGUGGAGCUGUUGAACAAGACGGAUGUGUACUUCCAGAAUGCUUCCCACACUACUCUUUACUCAGCAUAAGCAAGUCUCACGAUCAGAGUACAACCGAGGACGACCAAGGGAUGUCUCGCUUUCGCCUCCCAGAAGACCCAUUCGCACAUAUGGGAUACUACUCAUUUGACCUCUCUGCUGGGAUGUCAAAGGAUACGUUCAAAAGCACCGUGGCGGCCGCUGGACUGUCCAUACGAGGCGUCGACAUGCUCCUUGAGAGCCCAUCGCAAUCAAGCAAACCCAUCAUCUUUGCACUCACCCGCCCACCAGGUCACCACGCAUGUCGAAAUCUCGCCGGCGGAUAUUGCUACUUUAAUAAUGCAGCUAUCGCAGCCGACGCUCUACUGUCGAAGCUUGGACCACGAUUGACUUUGGCGGGAGAAAAGAGUGACAGACCAGAAAGGGAGAGUCGAGUUGUUAUACUAGACCUAGAUUUCCAUCAUGGAAAUGGCACACAAGCACUCACGUAUACUCGUCGCGAACCCGCCUAUAUAUCCAUACAUGGUAAAGGAGAAUACCCAUACUAUACAGGAUUCGAAGACGAGUGCGGUGCAGGGGAGGGCCAAGGCUUUAAUCGUAACCUUCCACUCCUCGCCCGUCCGAAAUCGACAACGGAGGAGUACCUUGCUUUGCUGGAGGAGGCUUGUGUGAAAAUUAAAAACGAGUGGAAGUCAAAGUACCUCGUCGUGAGUAUGGGGUUUGAUACGUAUAGAAAGGAUGUCUUAGGUGGGUUUGAACUCGACUGCGAGGAUUACACGACGAUAGGAGCUCGCAUUCGGAGCCUCGGACUUCCUACCUUGGCACUACUGGAAGGUGGUUACUCUGAAGAAUUAGGUGAACUUGCAAAGGCCUUCAUUCACGGGUUAGGUGAUAUAUAA